AGUCACGACCUUGAAGAGACUUUUGAAUGAUCAAGUUUUUUUGAUAUUUUAGAUGGCGGCCCAUCAUUUACACAGAGAAGCACUCAAGUGGGAAGAGGAAGGAAACGAGCUCAUUCAAGCUGCUAAGAAGAUGGCCAUCCUCUUCGCUAAGAUGUCACAAUUCAUGAGGUAAAAUUGACAUCAGCAAGAUAGCUAGGGGAGGUGGGUGGGCUGCUGUUUGCUUCGUGAAACCCGUGGUCAACGUCAUCACAACUCAAGCUCGUUAUUGGACAACACUGUUUAGUUGCACAAGGACCGCAGUUUUAGUAGGAAGAUUGUAUGUGCUUGUUAACAGAUUAUUCCUUGGAGUUAUGUUCUAUUGGUUCUCUUUUUUCAGGGAUGCAGAAGAAGGCCAACCUCAGCGUUCUAAGAAAGAGUUGAUCGCAUUAGCAAAGGAAAUAGCCGCAGCAAGCAAAGAAGUGUCUGCUUACUCGGCAAAGAUUGUUAAGAACUGUCCUGAUAAGAGAAUCAGUCAGGUGAGUCAGGAGAGGAGUGAAAACCUGGAUUAAGUGGGAAUGAAGAUAAUGAAUAGUGCAUUCAUAGUGGAUCUUUUCAGUUAUCGGCUGAAGCAACAAAUGUCCGUUCUUUUGAGGUUUCUCAUAGCUUUUUUUGGUGUUAUUUAGACACUAGCACAGACAAUUGAAAGAAUACCUACCAUCAGUACACAACUAAAGAUUGUUGCCACUGUCAAGGCCACCAUGAUUGGAGCUAACGGUAAGCCGGGCUUCAUAUUUCUCAUAGAUCAGUUAUUUUUUAUUCACUACGUUUUAUUGAUAGCAUUUAAGACAGCGACAAAAGUCUUGGUUUAUGUCCGGUCGCUCUUCCCAUGUAAAAUAAGCGGAUAUUAAGGGGCCCUUAGACAGUGUGUUGCAGCUAUGCUCUUGAAUAUUGGAGUGAAACAGUGAUUUAAGAAGGGACAAUAAUGGCUUCCUUGUGAUCAGUAAUUGGAGAAAUUUAUACUGUAGAAGAAAAGAAGCCACUCUGAACCAACCUUUUGUGCUUUUCAACUAUCGCUUAUUUCCCAUCUAUCUAAAAUGUCUUUUGCUUUCUCUUUUUAUUUUUUAAAAUAUCUUCAACAUUUUGUCAGGUACGCACAAGCUUACAGGUAGCUCUGUCCCCGGUUGUCAAAUUCAUCAUAACUCAGGCUUCCGAAAGCGUUUGCGAUUAUGAAAAAGUUUUGCCAGGAGUGAUGUUUAUUUCCUUAGUGCUAUUGUGGUAUCAGUUGGUUACUAGAAAAAUGUAUGAGCUCUUUAGUAAAGUUACACUUAAUAACUUUUUACAAUUUUCAGAUCCUAAAGCGGACAUGGAAGCUACUGAGACUUUAGUAGGAUGUGCAGAAAACUUAAUGGGUGCAGUGCGGCAAGCCGUGAAGGAAACCGAGGCAGCUUCUGUCAAGAUGCGCUCUGCUGCAAUAUCAUUUAAGAAAAGAUAG